GUCCCGCCUCUUGGGCUCCCGGCGUGCAGUGCGGGCGGGCGUGUGAAGGGGGGGUAGAGUGUUCGGCCUGGUUCCCGCGUUGAGCCCUCGUUGCCGCCGUGUUCAUCUCUGCCGCCAUGUCGGACUAUAGCACCGGCGGUCCUCCGCCACCUUCCGCUGGGCCGCCGGGCGCGGGUGGAGGAACCGGAACCGCCGGGCCUCCAAAUCAAACCGGAGGAGGCAACGCUGUCGGAACCGGGCAGGCUGGGGGAGCGGCGGGUCCAGGACCCGGCGGGAUCCGUAAGGACGCUUUCGCCGAUGCUGUUCAGCGCGCCCGGCAGAUAGCAGCAAAAAUUGGGGGUGAUUCAGCCACAACUGUGAAUAACACUACACCUGAUUUUGGAUUUGGUGGUCAGAAGAGACAACUAGAAGAUGGAGAUCAGCCAGAAAGCAAAAAAAUGGCUCCCCAGCCAGAACCCAUGCCUCCACCACCUCAGCUUGGACCGAUCCAUCCUCCCUCAAGGUCUACAGUGACUGAAGAGUACAGAGUACCUGAUGGCAUGGUGGGACUCAUCAUAGGAAGAGGUGGAGAGCAGAUUAACAAAAUACAGCAGGACUCUGGAUGCAAAGUACAGAUCUCACCAGACAGUGGAGGACUACCAGAACGGAGUGUCUCUCUGACAGGAUCACCAGAAUCUGUGCAAAAGGCAAAGAUGAUGCUUGAUGAUAUUGUAUCUCGAGGGCGUGGUGGGCCACCCGGUCAGUUCCAUGAUAAUUCCAAUGGACAGAAUGGUACAGUACAGGAAAUCAUGAUCCCAGCUGGGAAAGCAGGCCUGGUGAUCGGCAAAGGGGGAGAGACCAUUAAACAGUUACAGGAGCGGGCUGGAGUGAAGAUGAUUCUAAUUCAGGACGGUUCACAAAACACAAAUGUAGACAAGCCUCUUCGAAUAAUUGGUGACCCAUACAAAGUGCAGCAAGCCUGUGAAAUGGUAAUGGACAUCUUACGAGAGAGAGACCAGGGAGGCUUUGGUGAUCGGAAUGAAUAUGGUUCAAGAAUUGGUGGAGGAAUAGAUGUCCCAGUCCCCCGACAUUCUGUUGGUGUGGUCAUUGGGCGGAGUGGAGAGAUGAUUAAGAAAAUACAGAAUGAUGCUGGAGUUCGAAUCCAGUUCAAACAAGAUGAUGGGACAGGUCCUGAAAAAGUUGCCCAUAUCAUGGGCCCACCUGAUAGAUGUGAACAUGCUGCCCGGAUUAUCAAUGACCUUCUCCAGAGUCUUCGGAGUGGCCCACCAGGCCCUCCAGGUUCGGGAAUGCCUCCUGGAGGCAGAGGUAGGGGCAGAGGGCAGGGCAACUGGGGGCCUCCAGGAGGAGAGAUGACCUUCUCUAUACCUACGCACAAAUGUGGUCUGGUCAUUGGCAGAGGUGGGGAGAAUGUAAAGGCCAUAAACCAGCAGACAGGAGCCUUUGUAGAAAUAUCUCGGCAGUUACCCCCCAAUGGAGACCCCAAUUUCAAAUUAUUCAUUAUUCGGGGCUCACCUCAGCAAAUAGAUCAUGCCAAACAACUGAUUGAGGAGAAAAUUGAGGGUCCCCUUUGCCCAGUUGGGCCAGGGCCUGGGCCUGGUGGGCCUCCGGGACCAGCACCCAUGGGUCCCUUCAAUCCUGGGCCAUUCAAUCAAGGACCACCCAGUGCACCCCCUCACCCUGGGGGACCACCACCACCUCAAUAUCCACCUCAAGGCUGGGGAAAUGCCUACCCACAGUGGCAGCCUCCAGCUCCUCAUGACCCAAGUAAAGCAGCAGCAGCAGCAGACCCCAAUGCUGCCUGGGCAGCAUAUUACUCGCACUACUACCAGCAGCCUCCUGGCCCAGUUCCAGGAGCCCCUCCAGCCCCCACUGCACCACCGGUGCAAGGAGAGCCCCCCCAGCCGCCCCCCACCGGACAGUCAGACUACACGAAAGCAUGGGAGGAGUACUACAAAAAACUAGGCCAGCAGCCACAGCAACCCGGAGCUCCUCCCCAGCAGGACUACACAAAAGCCUGGGAGGAGUAUUAUAAGAAGCAAGCAGCUCAAGUAGCGACUGGCGCAGGGCCAGCAGCACCACCAGGACCCCAACCAGACUACAGCGCAGCGUGGGCAGAAUACUACAGACAACAAGCUGCCUAUUAUGGACAGACACCUGGUGCUGGUGGACCAGUGCCACCCCCCACACAGCAGGGACAGCAGGCUCAGUGAGCUGAAUGUGACCCUCUCCAUCUCCGAGAACCUUUUGUUUUGGAGAAAGGUGGCGGCUGCUGCUGCCACUGCAGGAAGUGGCAGGGUGGGAAGGGAACUGGCCUGUUGCUCCGAUUGCUGGGUUUCUUCUGGGAAUCUUGGCCAUGCCGCCUUCACAUCUCUCUUAAAAUAAAUCCAGAUCUCCAAACCUAAUGUUGAGCCAGCAGCUGUAGAAGAUAGCCGACUAAAACCGCCUCCAUCAGACCCCAUCCUGCCUGACACACACCUCAGUUUUCAGGGUAACACUUCUUUUUCUUUUCUGUUUUGUUUUAAAAAUAAACUUUACAAGGAAAAUCACUCUGCUUUUUAGUUAAGAGUUGGAACAUUCCUCGGACAAAGGUGUUGGUGUUUCAGACAACCCCAUCCCUGCCCUUCCAUUUUCUUCACUGCUGGGACUGAUCGUGUUUUUGUCUGUUCAAGAGGAAAUUGGAACAAACAAUUAUAUGCUCAAAUUUUUACUUUUUACCGCUCGUUUUUAACUUCACAAAUAAAUGAUAACAAAACAUCCCCCCGUGUCUGCUGGGUGGUGUCUGUCUUUCUCUGUCUAUAGGGUUUUUUGAAGCUGAUGUUUGUUCACAAUAUAGCUGUUGUAAAAGCCUGGUAAUGGUCAUGAAUAAGAGCUUCCUGUGUUUUUAUAGUUUGAGCAGGCAUUUGUGCAUUUUUGUUGAAUAAAAUGCUUUUUUGUUUUAAAGUCUCUGAUGCAAAUGUGUAUGUUUCCAAAAACAGGUCUCAGAAGGUUUGAAGGUUGCCCAGGGCAGUGGGAACAGAUACUUGAUGUGAGCCAGAGGCAGGCUAUUUUUCAGGUUCCAUAGACUGAGCUGUCGUUUGGCUUGUGUUGAUCUUGAAAUUCCAUGUAUGUAAAGUUUUAAAACGGCUUCAUUCUUCAGUAUCAGCAUAUGGGAGGGGGUACAUUAUAAAAGAGUGGAUUUUCCAGAUUCUUGCAUCAGUGGUUGGAACUCCCUAGUAGAUUAUUCAUCAUUAAAUCCAUUUGGAUAAUUGGUCUAAAAUGCUUUUCAGGAUCUGAGAAGGUACUUGGAAAUAUACAUGAGGGCGCUCAUUCCACUAAAGAAUAAUUUUCUUCAGCAUUUGAUCUCCUUCCCUGCCUCCCAUCUCCACCCCAUCAUGAUGGGCUGGGAUAAAUUACUUUGUUUAAGUUGGUAUUACAGAGGGAUUUUAAAAACAGACCAAGGACUGUAUACAACUAAAGACUGAGGCCUGCAAGACUUUGCCUUUUAUUUUGAGUUGAAAGGGAAAGAAGUAUGAAGUGUCCUUUAAUGCAAGGCAUUCACGUAUUGGCUGACAUGGGCAAUAUAGGUAGUCCCCGGCUUAUGACCACAAUUGGGUCCAGAAGUUCAGUCACUAAAAGAUGCAGUCAUUAAGUGAGUCAUGUGAUCAGACUUCAUUUUACUGCUGCUUUAUUUUUGCUGCUGUCUUUAAGCAAAUCCAACUUCCCCGGUUGAGGUUGUUUGCUGGAAACCUAUCAGAAACUGGCUGGGAAGGUCACAAAUUGCAAUCACACCACCGCAGGAUGUUGCAACAGGUAAAUGUAAGCCAGCUGCUAAGUGCCUGAUUAGCAAACAGGUAACUUUGAGGGGUGACAUGGCAGUCGUAACUUUGAGGACAUGUCAUAAAUCACUUUCGAGGCUGUCAUAACUUUGAACCAUCUUAACUGAACAGUUAUUAAUCAAGGACUACCUGUAGUCAUAACUUCAUGGAAAUGAUGGGUAAAUAUGCAAUAGUUUUUCAAAUGUUGCUGCACCUGCUGCUGAUACUAGUUUGUGACUACAGAGCUGUGAAAAGUAUAUAUUACAGUUCAAAAGUGUUGUGCUGGAAAAGUGGCCAAUUAUAUCUUUUCAUGUUGUUGAUAUGCAUCAUCACCAGCUGAAAAUCCUUAUGGCUACUUAGUAAUCGCCAGAAUGUCUUAGCCUGGAAUUUUGCUACCACAGACAUGACUUGAAGAUAUGACACUUUUUGAAAAUACAAACUUAAUUCUAGAGAUAAAUUAAAUAAUGGGAAUGUAUCCUUGACUGAGGAAUUCCAGAAAGAGCAUCCCAGUUAAGGAAUGAACUUAAGAUUGUAGACCACAGCUUGCAUAUAUGUUGCUACAGUAAUUCCCCCUUUAUGAUUUUUCAGUUUGAAAGAGAUCUUUCACUCUUGCAUUUUGGCCAGCAGUAAAUUUUGCUCACAGACAACCAUUUGCAAUCAUGGCUUUUCUUGGGGAUUGCAGGAUGUAGUUUUUAACCUAGAUUUCUGAAUACAUUGUCAUAGACAGGAUCACUCAUUACGCUUCAGAUUAUUAGGUGAGGUUGAUGCAGUUGUGAACCAAGAUGCAUUGUUUUAAAAAAAAGAGAGUUCUGAGGAAGGCAUGCUAAUAGACCAGAGCUUUUUAUUUUUUUAUUUUUCUGUAGAACUAAAUAGCUAUACCACAGAGGUAGCUGCUUUUAUCACAUCAUCAACAACACUGCAGCACUUGGCAAAGACUACUUCUGGGGGUUCCUCCCCAAGGAUCUGCAAAUAGAAAAACAGUGAUGGGAUUCUUAGAUACCUCUUCUAGAACGCUCCAGCCUCUUUAAGCUCUUUGAAUAACACCACGGUUUAGAAACAGGGUUGCCUUAGCUCAUAGAGUUAUGGGGAUGUCUAAACAAGCCUAAAUACAAUAAAAUGUUCUUACAUUAAAAACUGCUUAAUUCAGAUGCUGCUGGGAAGUAUGGAAAUAAGUCUUCACAAUUAUGAGAUAACUAACAAAUAUGUUCCUCUGAACACUGAGAUUUUCCUGAGAUGUUAUAGCCAAACCUUUUUAAAAAACUAAAUGAGUGGUCUUUUAUCAUCUUAUGACAGUUAAUU